UGGAAUGUGCUACAGCCGCUACGUCACGGCGGUCUCCAUCUCUGGAGCCCAUCAGAAUCACAGCAAAGCCGCGGACCGGUUGAAAACCUUUUGUGGACAUAAAAAAAAAAGUCGUGGAGCUCAUAAAAUGGGACGCGCCGUUCGGUCUCCAUGGUGAUCGUGAGGACGCGCUGCCCGGGUGUUGCUGCGUACUGCUGAGGGGGGCGUGCACCAAUAGGAAACGAAUACUCGUUCGGGGUUGAUUCUCAUAAAGGCUCAUGAAAUACAAGAUGCCAUUUUAUGACAACGUCUAUUACCCAUACCAGCCAGAGCCCCAAGGGACCCACUCGUCGGCAGGGAUCCCCUCCCUACUGAACUCCCCCCUGAGCCAGCCCUCCUCCAGUGGCCACGGCCCCCUGGCAACGCCGGCCAUGUCCGCCUCCACGUCCACCACGAUCCCGCCCUUUAAGUUCCGGCCGCGGCGCGAGAGUGUGGACUGGCGCCGGAUCAGCGCCGUGGACGUGGACCUGGUGGCCAGCGAGCUGGACUUCCAGACCCUGCAGGAGCACAUCACGGGCGUGACCUUCUGCAGCGUGGAGGGCGAGCGCUGCGCCCGCUGCCAGAGCCCUGUGGACCCCGCGCUGCUCAAGCUCUUCCGCCUCGCCCAGCUGACGGUGGAGUACCUGCUGCACUCCCAGGAGUGCCUCGCGUCCAGCCUCGGGGCGGCCGAGGACCGGCUCCGGGCCCAGGCACAGGAACACCAGCAGCUUGUGGCCCAACAGCAGAAGCAGGCAGAGCAGGCCAGGGCGCUGAAGGCUGAGCUAAAGCAGAGGAAGAAGAUCCUCGCCCUCAACCAGCAGGCUAUGAUGAGCAUGACCAAUUGCCACAAGUGUCAACAUUGUGAUAAAGCCUUCAUGAAUUCCUCCUUUCUCCAGAAUCAUAUGCAACGUCGCCAUCCAGACGAGUAUGACAGCCAGUUGAUGUCAGACAACCACAGGAAAGUGAAAAGCAUUGCAGAUGAAGAGGAGAUCAGGCGCCUGAACGAGCAGCUGAGGAAGACUACGUCUGAGCUGGAGUCCCAGAGGCAAGCCGUCCUGGCCAAAACCUUGCAGGAAAGAGACCAGCUGUCCAUGCACCAAGAUUUGAUUAGAAAACUAGAGACAUGGAAGGAAGAGGAACACAGAAAGAUUGAGGAGAUGAGAGAAGGUUUUCGCAGGGAGAUAGAGACGCUUCACAACAGGAACGCUCUUCUUCAACAAAAAGUGGAUCUCCAGAUGACCAGUACUCAGCAUAGACCGGGGCCGGCUCCCCAGCAGGCUGACCACAACAUGGAAGAACAAAACAAGCUUGUGAUCCAGAAGUUAGAUCAGAAAAACAAGAAACUGGUGGAAAGGUUUACGUCUAAAAUAGGAAAACUGAAGGCUGACCACGAGAGCGAAAAGAAUCUGUGGAAGGACAAGUUUAGCAGUCUGGAGUCCUCUGUGAUGGAGUGGCAGCAACAGAGCCAGAGGCAGAAGGAGGAGAAUGACCGGUGGCGCCUGGAGAGGGACAAAAUAAUCCACUCUCAAAGGGAGCAGAUAAAGCAAAUGUCUUCAAAUCCACCUACUAAAGUGGUGGAAGUUCCAGUGAUCAUCACAGCCCGAGCUCCAGAGUCUAAACCAAAGAGGCCAGUGAAUGAGCAGCCCCCCUCUGCUCCUAAACUGGAUCCUAUAGAGGAGCUGUCUGAGGAGGACAAAGAGUCAUCCAGUGUGUCCGAGAAGAAGCCUGUUGUUGUGAAGAAGCAUCAGCCUGCUGUGACCAGUGUCUUGAGGAAGAACCCCAACAUCAAGAGGGAGCUGCGGCCUGCCCUGGAGCAAGCACUCAUAGAGAAACUCGAGUCCCUCGGAGUAAAACCUGGAAUGAAGGGCCUGGGGAACAGUGAGUACAGUGACCUCAUGUCUAAGGUGAGCUCAGAGAGAGAGCGAGCAGCGAGGGAGAUUCCAGACUACUGGCAUCACCGUGAGGACGUGGGUCACGCACUGAGCCUGAGACUGAAGGAUUUAAAGAGGGGGGGAGACUCUGCCCCCGAACAGCGGGGGAAACCCACACCACUCACCCAAGUGACCCAGUCCAGGCCGCGGGCCAGCAGCCUUCCCUCUAAGGUAACCCAGGUGAGGUCGGGGGCCCCGCCAACACAUGCCAAACCGCUGCACCCCCCUCAGCCGGCUCCACGGACCAGCACCCUGCCCAAAACCUCCACCCCCAAGACCCCCCCCUUCAGCUCCGACGAGGAGUCGGAAGAGGAGGAGUCAGAAGAGGACGAGUCGGAAGAGUCAGAGGAGUGCCACCGUCGGAAAUCCUGGCAGGAGCAGGGAGUCCCUCAUCACAAGACCCACUCCCCAUCACAACCUCAGCCAGCCAAAACCGGUCCAGGCCAGGGCCCCCCAGCCGUCCAAACAUCAGCAGACCAGAGGCAGUGCGGUGGACAGCGCCAAGACAGCAGCGGUGGAGAGCGAUGGCGAGUGGACUGAGGGGAGUGAGUUGGAGGAGAUUGACCCACAACAGCUCAAACACUACAAAGAC